UGAUGUACGUCACCGGAGUGACACAAAACUCCCACAAUGCAAAGUCACGUAGACCUCAGCUAAACAACAACAAGCGGCAUCUGAGCCUGAAUGGUUUUAAAUAGCCGGUCCGGAUCGUCUGCUCGCCGGGCUGUCCCCGCUGUUUCUGUCCGGAGGUGGUCUGCCGGAGCUGGCUCGUUUUAGCUGUGUCCUCCCACACUGCAGUUGAGGGUUCAGGGUCCAGGAUGGAUCCCGACUAUGAACAUCGCCUCCUACGCCAAAUUAACAUCGAGAAUGACAACUUUAAACUGCAGAACAGUCGGACAGCCGCCGGCUCCCCAUUGUCCUCGCCCACUAAGCUGGGAGACCGAUUCAUACCGACCAGAGCGGGAGCAAACUGGAAUAUCAACUUUCACAGGAUCAACGAAAAUGAGAAGUCACCGACUGUGAACAAAAAAACAAAGGAUGCCUCUUCUGAUAAUAUCAAAGCAGACGGGCUGGCCUACUCUGCUUUGCUGAAGAAUGAGCUGUUGGGAGCAGGAAUAGAAAAGAUCCAAGAUCCCCAGACGGAGGACAGACGUCUGCAAUCGUCCCCGCCCGAGAAGAGGAGUCUCUUCUCUUACUCACUCAACACCAAAAGCUUGUCAUCAGAAGACGGCACCAACAUCUCUCCCUACUCGUUAUCACCCGUCAGCAAUAAAAGUCAGAAGUUGUUGCGUUCACCAAGGAAGGCAACUCGCAAGAUCUCCAAGAUUCCCUUUAAAGUCCUGGACGCUCCAGAGCUGCAGGAUGACUUUUAUCUUAACCUGGUGGACUGGUCGGCUCUCAAUAUGCUCAGUGUGGGGCUGGGCACGUGUGUUUACCUGUGGAGCGCAUGCACCAGCCAGGUGACCAGGCUGUGCGAUUUGUCAGUAGAGGGCGACUCUGUCACAUCAGUCGGAUGGUCUGAAAGGGGUAACCUUGUAGCUGUGGGAACUCACAAAGGCUAUGUUCAGAUCUGGGAUGCUGCUGCUGGCAAAAAGCUUUUUGCCUUGGAGGGCCACACAGCCAGAGUUGGAGCUCUGGCUUGGAACGCAGACCAGUUGUCUUCGGGAAGCCGAGAUCGUAUGAUCCUCCAACGAGACGUGCGGAUGCCUCCGCUCCAGUCAGAGAGGCGCCUGCAGGGACACAGACAGGAAGUGUGCGGUUUGAAGUGGAGCACUGACCACCAGCUGCUCGCCUCUGGCGGCAAUGACAACAAGCUGUUGGUGUGGAACCACUCGUCGCUCAGUCCCGUGCAGACGUACACCGAUCACCUGGCUGCAGUUAAAGCCAUCGCCUGGUCCCCCCAUCAGCACGGCCUGCUUGCCUCGGGCGGCGGCACCGCCGACCGCUGCAUUCGAUUUUGGAAUACCCUGACAUCGCAGCCGCUGCAGUGUAUGGACACCGGCUCUCAGGUCUGCAACCUGGCCUGGUCCAAACAUGCUAAUGAGCUGGUAAGCACCCACGGAUACUCUCAGAAUCAAAUCUUGGUGUGGAAAUAUCCAGCUCUCACUCAGGUGGCCAAGCUUACAGGACACUCCUACCGAGUGCUCUACCUGGCCAUGUCUCCAGACGGUGAGGCGAUUGUGACGGGAGCUGGAGACGAGACGUUACGCUUCUGGAACGUUUUCAAUAAAACGCGCUCGACAAAGGAAUCUGUAUCAGUUUUAAAUCUCUUUAAGAAGAUACGGUGACUUCAAGCACCUUUUUAAAAAGAAAUAAAAUCCUGCCAUCAUCGGCGGAUAGCUCAUCCGCCUGGUGCUAAAGACAUACAGUACAAUCAGAGGCUUAUUGUGAGUGUUCUUUUCACAAAGGGAAUGACGGCAACACCUAGCUUUAUUUUUUUAAAUUGUGUGAAAAAUUCUUUUGCACCUGCUGUGAAUGUAUUAUUUUUAUUAUAUGCUUAAAAAAUGUAAAAGUGGGUGUUUUUUGUUUUAUUUAAACUUUUGUCAGUAUACAAAACUAGAAAUCACAAGCCUUAAGAAUAUUGAUAUCAUCUGAAAUGUGUUUUGUUUACCUCAUCUUUAAUUUAUUUAACAUACUUAUUAUACAACAGACAUUCAGAGACUUAUUUUUACACCAUUUCUCAUAGGAUGGAAGUUUGGAGUGAUUUAAUGACAUGUUAUACUAUGAGUAAAUUUAAAAAAAACAAACAAACAAAAAAACCAAGCACCAUGAUUAUUGUGACCUUUGGACUGUGGUUGAGAGGAGGUGACUGAAUACAAAAAGUCUAAUGCUGUGCAUUUAGACGUCUGCUGAAUUGCUGAUUAUUUGCAGUAAAACAAAUAAAAGAGCCACUUUCUGA